AUUUUGUGCAAACAGUCUAGUUAAAUAAAGAGAUACAGGAUUCAUCUAAUUGUCAACUUUCAUAUUUUCAGGGAAAGAAAAUGCAGCGACAAAACAAAAGAGAAAAAACGGAGACCUAUUUCCCUGGGGAGCAUAAGAGUAUAGAAACCUUGAAAAUGGUGCCCGUACUACGUAGUGGACAAUAUAUUUCAAAAGACAUUCCACUGUACCCCAAAGCUGACAAAGCGGAAUUUCACGUGGACAAAGUCUGUCAUGUAACCACUCCAACAGGCCUGAGAGGAAUCAUGGCUUCGAGUGGAUUUACAGCAGGGCAAGAAGGGGGUUUCACAUGGUGGGCUCUUCACAUUACAGAAGAUGAAAUUGAGGCAGCAGAGAAUCGCUUCCUUGAAAAGGAACAGCUUUCCUUUGACCCAACAAUGGGUGAAGAAAAAAGAAACAAUCCAUUCCUGAAGGAAUUCACCACCUCCCCUGUCUUCCAAAAGGGAUCUCGGUAUGGGAACUUUAAGUUCACCUUCCCCUUGGAGGAUCUCAUGCAGAUGUACAAAGAGAAGAUCUGUGAGGGAGAGAAGCCUGUCCUGAGAGUCUAUGAAACCGUGGUUUACAAGCAGGAGAUCAUGUAUGUUGUGGUUGUCCACGGUGCAAAGGUGACAGAGUUUGAUGAGUACCCACUUCUUGCUGAUGAGGAUGAUGAGGCACUAUGCAUUUAUAAAGAUGGUAAAAUUGUCUGGCGUGCAGAAGCAAUAUGUGAAACCCAUACAAAGAGGCUGAUCAUCAACAGAGAGAACGGAACAGUUGAAACAGAAGAACUAGGACGUGAUUAUGAGUAUUUCAUGUGGGACCAUGUGACCCUGGCAUUCCAUCUGCCAGUUGACCGCACCCUCGUAGUUGAGGGAGUAUUAAAGGAUAGACUCCAUGCAUGUGAGGGUAUCACACCUUUUCUCCAGAAUAAGUUGUUAACACUAGAGGAGGCAGAAGAAGAGGUCAAUGCCAUAAAGAAAGCUACAUAG